GAGCAGCUUUUGUGCUUGGGGAAAAAAGGAAUGAAUCCUUAAGAAUAUCUAAUGGAAAUUCAAAUUCAUCCCCUAUAGAAGCUGAUAUUCCGGAAUGUGAAGCUACAACAAACUCAGAAAAGAAAAAAAUUCCACCUCGGGGUAAAGCCAAAUUGUUGGAUAUUGCCAAAAAAAAAAAAAGGAAACUUCCUAUUGUAGUUGAAUUCAAUGAAAGAGGCCAGCCCAUUGGAGAAAAUGCAGGUAUAUUCUCUUCUUUCAUUGGAGCCUCAGCAAGAGAACUAAUACCAAUGACCGCUGGAACUUGGAAAAAUCUAUCUAAUACUUUCAAAGAUCAGAUUUGGAAACACGUCACAACAAGUUUCAUUGUUGAUGAAUUCUACAAGAAGCAUAUUUUUCAAAGGAUGACGAAACUUUGGCAAGAUAAUAGAUCUUUAGUGAUGAAAGAAGCGGAAGAGCAAGCCAAAGUUGUUGAUUUACAGCGUGCUGCUGCCCUUCUCAAGCCUAAUAACAUAGAAUCCAUGGAUGAGUGGUUAGCUCUUAUUAAACACAGAACUAGUGUGGGAUUUAAGGAGAAGUGUCAAAAAUUAAGAGAAUGCGGGCAGGAAGAACUUUACUACAUAGAACUAGUAGAAAAAGUUUUGCACGCCUUGAAGAAGAAUUGAGGGAACAAAGUGAAAAUCCAGAUGCGAUAUCAAGGUUUGACAUAUGGAUACAUGCUUAUGAAGCAAAGAAGAAGAAGAGUUCAGAUGAAGUAGUUGAGGAUCCGGAAAUAGUGGUCUGCAUACUCUUCUUUAUGGCUCAUCUUUUGGUA